AAGAACUGGCACAACACGAGGCUGAAAUCAAAGCAGUGGUGGUGUAAAGUGUAAACGGAAAUCCCCACCAACCAUUACAAUUAUUCGCAGCUCAUAAUCACACUUUCUCACAUCGGAGCAAAGAUCCCACCAGAAUCAAUCAUCGCCAUUGUUGGGUGAUUGAUUGAUUUUCAAUCAAUGCUCCUCCCAAGAUUAGCUGAAAACUGCUGUUUGUUGAGCUUGAGUUUGCUGGUGUGCUUGAUAACCGCCGCUUUAGCUGCAGACCCUUAUGUCUUCUAUGACUGGACCGUCUCUUACAUCACCGCCUCCCCUCUUGGCCUCAAACAACAGGUGAUUGGGGUAGACGGAAUAUUUCCAGGCCCCAUUCUAAACGUCACCACAAACUGGAACGUCGUCAUCAACGUCAAAAACAAUCUCGACGAACCGUUUCUUCUGACAUGGAACGGCAUACAGCAACGGAAAAACUCGUGGCAAGACGGCGUUUCCGGUACUAACUGUCCGAUUCCAGCUGGCUGGAACUGGACUUACCAGUUUCAGGUCAAAGAUCAAAUCGGCAGUUUCUUCUACUUCCCUUCACUCGGCUUGCAAAGAGCUGCCGGUGGAUAUGGCGGAAUCGUUAUUAACAAUCGAGAAGUUAUUGCCGUACCUUUCGGGGCACCUGACGGAGAUAUUACCCUCUUUAUUAGUGACUGGUACAUAAAGAGUCAUAAGUCUCUCAGAAAUGACCUGGAAAGCAAGAAUGGGGGCCUUGGACCCCCUGAUGGAGUCUUGUUUAAUGGCUUAGGCCCUUAUCAAUUUGAUAAAGCCCUCGUACGAGACGGCAUUCCUUACCAAAUAAUAAAUGUUGAGCCGGGCAAAACAUAUCGCAUCCGAGUCCACAACGUUGGAAUCUCUACUAGCUUGAAUUUCAGGAUCCAAAAUCAUAACAUGGUUCUUGUAGAAACCGAAGGUUCUUACACCGUACAGCAGAAUUACUCGAACAUGGAUAUCCACGUGGGCCAAUCUUACUCGUUCUUAGUAACAAUGGAUCAAGACGCGAGUACUGAUUAUUACAUUGUUGCUAGUCCACGUUUCGUUAAUGCCUCAACUUGGACCAAGGCUUCGGGAGUAGCUAUACUGCACUACUCGAAUUCACGGGGCCCCGCUUCAGGUCCUCUUCCAGACCCUCCUCAUGAAUAUGACACGUUUUUCUCAAUGAAUCAAGCAAGAUCCAUAAGAUGGAAUGUUUCUGCCGGAGCGGCGCGCCCAAACCCUCAAGGAUCUUUCAGAUACGGACAAAUAACCGUAACCGAUGUGUACGUAAUCCUCAAUAGGCCACCUGAGCUUGUUGAUGGCAAAUGGCGUAAUACUCUAAACGGAAUUUCAUACAUAGCUCCCUCAACACCUCUUAGGCUUGCACAGCAAUUUAAGGUCGAUGGGGUCUUCAAGCUAGACUUUCCUAAUCGCUUCAUGAAUAGACCUGCAAAAAUGGACACGUCUGUAAUUAACGGAACUUUCAAAGGGUUUAUGGAGAUUAUAUUCCAAAAUAAUGACACCUCGGUUCAGAGUUACCAUCUUGAUGGCCAUGCUUUCUUUGUUGUCGGGAUGGAUUAUGGAGUUUGGACGGAGAAUAGCAGAAGCACGUAUAAUAAAUGGGAUGGAGUGGCUCGUAGCACUACACAGGUUUUUCCCGGUGCUUGGACUGCUAUACUAGUAUCUCUAGAUAAUGCUGGGAUUUGGAAUCUUCGGACACAGAAUCUUGACUCGUGGUACCUUGGUCAAGAAUCUUACAUCAGCGUCGUGAAUCCUGAAAACGACAAUGACGAGGUUCAGUUGCCUGACAAUGUCAUAUACUGUGGUGUUCUAUCUCCAUUGCAGAAGGAUCAGGCUCAAAGAGUUCAUUUUUCUGGAGCGUCUUCUUCGGACAAAAUAAUUGAGAUUGUUCUCAUUGCGAUUAUUGUAACUUUAUUAGGAUUAUCGGGUACGAGUUAACUCAGUAUAAUUAAAUUAUGGUUUCAGUGAAUUCAAACUCGAGAUGAUAGUCUAAAUGUACCGGAGAUCUUUAGCCUGGUAAUGAGGUGAUACGAAGGCUAUUUUUUUCGCUUGUGUAUAAUAUUUUAUUGUAACCUUUUUUCUUUUAGUUGUAUCUAAUUUGC